CUUCUCCGUCUUCUACAUCAUUCACAGAAUUCGGUCCGAGGCUGUUGUCUUCCAGCUUAAAGCUGGAUUCUUCCUGCAAUGGAUCCUAUAGAGCCCGUUGAUGGCUCGGAUGGACCGUCUACUGGAGUACCACAGCCAUCCACGACGUCAUUGCGGCGACGACAGCGUGCGACCUCACUCCGCUCUCGCCGUCCUACCAUCCGCCUCCAGCGCUUACCGUCCCUGGAGAACUCCAUCCCCCAAAUCCAGCCAGCCACCUCUCGUACCAGUCGGAAUGCCUCAAGCAUCAAUGUGGCAUCGCCGCCUCCUGCCAAAGCGGCAGACGAAGAGUCAUGGCAGGGAAACCGUCGCCGCAGCAAUUCUGAGCCCCGGCCGGGGAGGUGGUCUGCCCCCAAUCCAUCCAUUCUCUCCCGGCCCGCACCAGACCAGAUGCAUCCCCUGGUGGAAGAGCCAGUGAGCCCAAUAAAUAUAGCCCCUUCAGAUCGACCGUUUUCCGAGCUGUAUACAUCCGGGACUCCGCCUCCCCGGCCGCAACGUAGAGGAAGUUUGGGCCUUCUGCGUUGGACCAGUGAAGCCGCGAUGAACCGGUUUUCGCGGAAUCGUGUCUCGGCAAAUGGAACUGCCCCUUCAGAGCCGGAGAGCAUGGACAACGAAUAUCAUCCCCACGUGGUGGAUGUGUUAGAUGUUAUUGAUCCGGAGGUCUCGGCACUAAAUACUCUUACGAACGUUCAAAACUCUCUGUUUGUCCCGAACCUGGGCACGUGGGUCAAUCGCAACCAGACCUACACGCUUUCCCCACCGAGGGAGUCUUCGGAGUCAACCGGAGACGAGACGACGGAAACAGAAGAAGGCGAGGAGGUAUUCGAGAAGCCACCGGACGGCCGUCCAUCGCUAGAGCGACCUUUGACCAGUCUAUCAGCGGUGCUGGGGAAACAAGACCCACAAUUCGCCGUGCUGCCCGAAGGAAGCAAUCUGGAGGGCUGGACAGCGAGAGAUAUAGAAGAAUUGAACGAUCAUGUGAGGCACAUGUUGCAUUCUCGUCGCUCGAAGUUCAAACGGUCAAUGAGGGGUUUCGGGAAAUAUGUUUCCAAGCGUAUGUCCAGAGUAGUUGCAGCUAUGGAUCAUUUUACUGACCGUCAGACUGCAGCACUUGGGUUUCUCAUCACCCUAUAUGCGACCCUCAUUACGCUUUUUGGUCUUGCCUGGGUUCUGUUCCUUAUUGGGUGGAUUAACGUCGGCGGGCGGCAACUGUAUAUUAUCAACGUGAUUGACAACGUCCUGGUGGCCUUAUUCGCUAUUAUGGGCGAUGGACUGGCACCGUUCCGUGCGAUCGACACGUACCACAUGUGUUUCAUCGCUCACUACACAUUCCUGACAUGGAAAAUUCGUCGGAAACGUAAUCUACCCGGCCUCAAGGAUAAAAAUGAUCUACCCUCUCGUCGUGAGAUCGAUGUUGACGUCGAAUUCGGGGAUACCCCGAAACACGAGGAGCACGAGUUCACGGUACUGAACCGCCUGCAGCAGCAAAAGCUAGUUCACCACCAAACCAAGAUGUCCAAGUCUCAUACGUUCUACAAACCCCACGAAACUCUAACCCAUCAUGCUUUCCCUCUUCGCAUGCUCAUUGCCAUUGUCGUCCUGCUAGACUGCCACUCCUUGCUUCAAAUCGCACUCGGUGCCUGUACGUGGAGCAUUAGCUACCACCACCGGCCCUUCGCCCUCACCACCGUCAUUCUUUGCUGCUCAAUUACUUGCAAUAUCAGCGGCGGCCUCCUCAUCAUGAUCGGGGACCGAAGGACCCGCAAGAAGGAAGUGGUGGAACGGCUCUUCCGGGAGCAACUCACCAAGGAAGCGAUGAAGAAGAUCUGCAAGAAGAAGAAAAAGAAGCAACGACCACUUGAAGAACAGGACGAAUCAAGGGUAUCAAUGUCCUCAAGACCUCAGCCCUAUGACGGAACAUAGGGAACAUUUUCGCCUUUAUUAUCUAUGGUCAUGACUCCCUACAAUCCUUUUAACGACCGCACGAGCCAUUCUUAUAAUACACCGCAUAUACAGCC